AACGUCAGAAUUGAACCUUGAACCUUUUAAACAUAGAAACCAUCUGAUCGAACUACAUAUUUGUGUUUACUAUUUCAUAAGUUGAAUUUAGGAAUAUCUAAGAUGGCCAAGAGCAUUAAGUACUACUACGAUUUUCUAUCGCAGCCAUCCCGUGCGCUGUGGAUUGGAAUGAAAUUGAGCAAGACCCCUUUCGAGGAUUGUCCCGUGGCCCUUAGAAAGCAGGAGCAACUUACUGACGAGUACAAGAAAAUAAAUCGCUUCCAAAAGGUCCCAGCCAUUGUGGAUGGUAACUUCCAGCUUGGCGAGAGUGUCUCCAUUGUUCGAUAUCUCUCGGACAAAGGUCUCUUCAGCGAGGCACUAUACCCGAAAUCAGUGGAAGGUCGCGCCCGUGUGGAUGAGUUUCUGGAGUGGCAGCAUCUCAAUGUCCGGCUGGUGUGUGCCUUGUUCUUCCGCAGUGUCUGGCUCUUACCUGCUAAGGGAUUGGCUCCACCACCAAAACCUGAGACGGUUCAAAAGCUAAUCAAGGACGUGGAAGCUAAUUUGGGACUCGUAGAGCGAAUCUGGCUGGAGAAAGACUUCCUAAUUGGCGAUAAACUCACCGUAGCAGAUAUCUUUGGAGCUUCCGAAAUCAAUCAAAUGAAGCUGUGCCAAUAUAAUGUGAGCGAGAAGAAGUUUCCCAAGGUGGCCAAAUGGCUUGAACGCGUCCGGGAUGCCACAAAUCCUUACCACGAUGAGGCUCAUGCCUUCCUCUACAAAACCUCCAAACAAAAAGCCAGCGCGAAACUGUAAUUUGUUUGUUUUAAAAUUGUAUAAAAAAUUGUCUGAUUAUGUUUGCAUUUAUUAAGCUUGUAAGACAUCACUGCAACCUGUUUGUGCCUUGUCUCGAUUAUUUUGUUUUCAAUUAUACUUUGGCAUAUCAAUUUGAA